CAAAAUAAAUCAUACAAUUAACGCUGGCAAUGCUGGUAUUGUCCAGUAAGAAAGUCAUUGUAUAAAAAACAAUAAACAAUAAAUAUCGUGGGAAAGGAUUUGCGUCAUUUUAGAAUUUUAACUGUAUAUAUAAUAAACAAGCGAUACAAUUUCGUUCAAAGGAUUCUAAUUAUCGAAAAAAUAAUGUUUAGAAAUCUCGAUAAUUAAUGUGAUGAAAUUAGAAAGAGAAAUAAUUGGCUUAAAAUAAAGAGAAAAGCAACCACAUCAGUGAUAUUUUUUUCUUAAUAUUCAGAAUUCUCAAAACGAAGUUAUGGAUAACUUAGAAGACAAUUUGACGGCGACCGAAUCUUCAGUGCUUUCUAAUAGCAAUGAUGUGUUGGUUAAUCACAGAGAUGUAGCCGUAACAUUAGAUCAACCAAUAGAUUUGGCAUCAAGUCAUAUAACGGCAUUGUCAGCUAACGAAACAACUACAAAUAUCACACCAACAUUGCAAACCUCAACAUUCAGUGCUGGCACUGAAUCUCCGGAUAAAAACGCAACAAAGAGCAACAAAACACCUCUUGAUGUGCCUUCAACUUCAGCAGCUGCGGCAGCUGCUUUAGCAAAUGAUUCAGCUUCGGCCUUAAAUAAAGAUACAAGUGGCACUGAGCCUUCGGCUCCAGCUAAUGUACUCGAAUGCCCAAUAUGUCUGCAGACAUGUAUACAUCCCGCUCGUCUUCCUUGUGGGCAUAUAUUUUGCUUUUUAUGCGUAAAAGGCGUGGCUUAUAAAAAUCGUCGAUGUGCUAUGUGUCGUCGUGAAAUCCCAGGGGAAUUUCUUAAUCAUCCUCAGCUGGUAAACGGCAUUGAAGAUAUUUGCUCAACUAGAGCAACUGAAGAUGGUUAUCAGUGGUUUUAUGAGGGCAGAAAUGGUUGGUGGCAAUACGACGACCGAACAAGUCAGGAUAUAGAAGAAGCUUACAAAAAAGGUGAAAAAUCUUGCACGAUAUUAGUAGCUGGCUAUGUGUAUAUUGUUGAUUUAGAAACUAUGAUACAACAGCGUCAGAAUGAGCCGUCGCGAUGUCGUCAUGUUAAACGCGACCUCGCCACUAUACCAAAAAAGGGUGUAGCUGGUCUACGUAUCGAAGGUAAUUCCGUAAUAACGAAUUCAAAUUUCGCUUCCCAGCUUUAUAACCAAAAUCGGCAACAACAGAAUAUCGGCAAUGCAAUUAAUGGGCAUCCGGAUAUAGAUUUACGUUUGCCUUUAGACUAUGUAAGCCGUUUAAGUCGCGACGGCCUAAAUACGAAUGCUGGUAUCUCAAACGACUUUGUAUCAACCACCGCCGUCACAGAUGCUGCCAUACGCAUAGCGAGUAAUAUUAUAGGCUCAACUUUGGCACAUGCCGACGAAUUGACACGCCCUCGCAGUCUAAAUAAUAUAUCCGUUUUUCCUAGUACGCCGACAAUUGCGACUAGAGCUGGAAUCGAUAAUUCUAUGGAUGAGCUUGACUUUCACGAUUUGUCCGUUAGAUCUGGCGUAGCCGGUAGCAUCAAUUCCACAACAAAUUAUUCUAUUGUUUCAACACCAGUAAGCACUUUAAGUAAUAAUCAUCGUUUAUUGUCAGCUACCGGUAAUGAAGCUGCUGCAGUUUUUGGACGCGGCAAUCGUGAACUUUUCGUUGCCGCUGAAAAUUUGCUGGGGACCACGCAACAGAUAAUGGCUACAGCCGAUCAACCCACCAUUGAUUUAACAAUUAAUAAUUUUCAUGCACUUACACUGCAUGAUUUAGUUGACUCAGUCGAUGAUAAUGAAGAUAAUGAUGGUAACGAUUUAAACAAUCGAACCGAGCAUAAUCUUGAACAUAAUAAUAGUGUAGAUGAAACCGAAAAUAUUUCUUUACUGCAAAGAAAUCGUCGUAUCAUUGAUGAUAAUACGGAAAAUAGUGGUGAUGGUGCCGAAAAUAAUAUAUUCCAUGUUAGGCAAUUGCGUUUUUAAUCGGACAAAAUCGGAGAAAUAAUAACUAUAUAUAAAUGUGACAAAAGAUAUCAACUUGUAUUCCUCAAAACGGUAACAGUACUUAUUUAAAAGUAGGCGUUCCUUAAAGAAAACAAAAGAACUUAGAUUACUACUGUAUUAUCGCUAAAUAGUAAAUAUAAAAUUGAACGAAAGUAUAUUUUUGAAUUCUUACAAGGGCUAGAGAGAAGAAUAAAACAUAAAACUAACUGAUCAAUUCAGAUGAUCAGAUAAUAAUCCAUAAUCCGCUAAACUUGA